GCAAGCUCUCGCACGAUCCCUUUGUGUUAUUUUCGUGUCGAGAAUCGCCGUUCGAAGCUUUAAAUAGGAUCGAGUUUUCGACGAAGAAGGCAGUUUCUAAUACCAAUUCUACAUGUUGGAGCAUCGCACCGUAUUCGAUAUGCCAUUGCAUUGCAUCACCAACCCGUUACAACGGGAACUGGCCGACGCUAUUAUAAGGUUACAACCGCUGGAUGAAAUUCGGAUACUUCUUGCAUGUGGUGCAAGGCCAAAUGAGCCUGUAACUCAAGGUCUAAGACCGUUACAUUAUGCAGUGUGGCAGAGGUACAUUGAUGCAGCACAAUUACUUUUGGUUCGUGGUGCUGAUAUCGACGCAACCGACGAAUGCGGAUAUUCCGCAUUGCAUCUAGCUGCUGAACAUGGUUUUCUCGAUCUCGUUAAACUUCUAUUAAAAUAUGGUGCCAAGGUGGAUCAUAGAAAAGACACCGGGGAAUUAUUUCCUAGGACUAUGAUGUGCGACGAGCCGUUACGAUUAGCCUUGAGAAAUCGUCACGUAGAAGUGGCUAGGACUUUGUUGGAAGCUGGCGCAAAUCCAAACAAGAGAUAUUUCUUCGGUUCCGAGAUUAAUUUGGUAUCACCCUUGGAUCUGGAGUGUAUGGAACUUUUAUUGGCGUUUGGUGCACAACCCAAUAUGAGGGAUCGUGCUGGAUUAACUCCUUUAAUGAAAGCAGCAAGAUCACCCCAAGGUGUUGCUACGGUAUUACUGUUGUUGAGUUACGGAGCGGAUGUUAAUUCCAUGGCCGAUUCGAGGCACGAUUAUCGAACGGUUCUGCAUUAUGCGAUACUUGGUGGUGAUCCAGCGGUCAUCAAUCUUUUGUUGAAACAGGGUGCAAGGUUAUCUCUUGGACCUGAUUAUCAAAAACCAACCGCAUUAGAUUUAGCUAUACUCAAGGGUGAUCCUUCGAUCGUUGAGAUGUUAUUAGAGUCCGGUGCUGACGUUAAUGCAACAUCUCCGAUCAUCGGAUCAGCCCUUCACGUUGCCUGUGCGGACAACAUACCCAAUAGAUUACAAAUUCUUCAAAUGUUGUUGGAACGUGGCGCUGAUCCUAAUCUCGUAAUACGCAGCGACGAAGGUUUUUCAUUGCGUCCAGUUUUAGCAGAAUACGUGGCAUCCAACGAAAAUCCAUCUGUCGAAGUUGUCGCACUUUUGUUAAAAUACGGUGCCAGAGUUGUCAUAAAGACUCAAUUUCGUGAUCCACACGGUAUAUUAAAUUCACUACAAAAUACCGCAGACAAACCUAGAUUAUUAAGGGCACUUUUAGAAGCAGCGGAAAGUUUCGAUCCUUGUAUGAUCAAAAGAUCAAGUAGUUUGACCGAUGCUCAAAAGGCUCUGGUAAUGGAAGCUGCGAGAACACCCUUACCAUUGACCCAUCAAGCUAGGCUCAUAGUUCGCAGAUUAUGCGGCACGAAAUUACCAAAAAUCGUAUGGAAUCUUCAAUUACCGCAAUCGUUACAUCGAUAUCUUCUUUACGAUUUUCAUUAGCCUUUUUUUUUCCUCAUUUUUAAUUCGUUAUUGGGGGCGCGGGGAGGGGUUUUGGGGAUGGAGCAACAACAACGAUUAAGUUGCUUGACCAAAACAUAAAACAACAAUUAUAUUCGCUAAGCCAUUAUCAUUUCGCAAAAUUAUUUUUCAACGAAUAUCUUCGUAAUCUCAUCGAUCUUUGUAUUUAUCAUUGCACAGUAUUUCAUUUAUUUAUAUUUUUUGUUGUUGUCAUUAGCACAAUUUUGGCACAAAAGCUAAAUGGAAUCGAUAAAAAGAAAAGAACAAAAUAAUAAUGAACAUUUUAACUCUCUUUCUUCAAACAAAAUUAAUAAUAAAGUUUUUAUCACUGUCGUGAGAUCUCAACGUGGUGCACGUGUAUUUCAUGCGUCUUUGAAUUUACCUGAUUCGUGUAUAUGACGAAUCAUAAUGAAGAACGCGCGAUAGUUCGAAUAUUAAGUAUUAUACGUGCGUUAUAAAAGUUUAGGAAUUGAUUCGGUACUUUUGCAAAAUUAUUAUUCUAUUUUUUUUAUAAUCUAAGUUUUACCGAUUAACUCUAGUAUUAUUAUAGUUCGUUUCGUACGAGAUAAUCUCGAAGGUCGGUGUUUUUUUUUUCUCGAGAUCGACCAAAUCUUUAUUAGAUAUUAUUAUUAUUGUUAUUAAUAUCGUUUUAAACACAACGAUGACAACGAUAUAUAUAUAUUGUAUAAAGAAAAAAAAAAGGGGACAGGGGAGGAAAGAAAGAAAAUAUGUGUGUGUUAAAGAUAUCUAAGAAUUUCAUACGUUAAGAGAUAUUUAAUUUUGUACCUUUGUACACGAAGAAGAACAAGAAUAAGUUAGCACACGUGCGUGCACAUACAGAGAUACACCCAUACAGUGUUAUUGAUAAAUAAAGAAGAUAAUGUAAAAAAA